CCUCCCCACAUUUCGUCUGUGUCACUCUCUCACCUCUCGUCUCCUAUAUAGAGAAGUCAGCCAAUGCAUAAGCUCAGCUGGCAUUCACUCUUACUUUUCCCCCUGCCUCAGUUUCUCACUCCUCUCUGCUCCUCUGCUGACUGAUACUUCUGCUACUACUGCUUCUUCUUCCCUUCCUUCAUCCUUUUCCACCUUUCUUUCGCCCGCUCCUCGUCUUCCACAUCUUCGGUCCACCAUGGUGAACAGAUAACCACCUGACUGUCCUGAGACCAUGGGUGCCUGCCUCUGCAAAGGUCACAAAGUGUUUGAUUGAUUCCCCACAGAGAUCCACCUCCCUGUAUCAACGCUGCAGCAGACUGAUGAGGGUCAGCCAUCAUCUGUCAAAGUACGAUGACCAGAAUCCGUCCUACGGCAGCAUCGCAGAAAAAAACAGCCGCUACGAUAUCGGAGAGCUGGCCACAUCCUCUUUGAUUGGUCUGGUUGCCACAAUAAAGGAACACAUCACCAAGCCGACAGCAAUGGCCCAAGGGCGAGUAGCUCACCUGAUUGAGUGGAAGGGCUGGGGUGGAUGCGGUGAGGACGGGAGAGGCAGGGGAGGUUGGAGCGGGGCCUGGGGUAAAGGAGGAGGAGGCUGGGGGGGGAUGGGGGCCGAGCUACAGGAAGAUGAACAAUACUACUCCCAAAUGACGGACGAGAUCAAGGAAGCUCGCUUUGCUGCAGGUGUAGCAGAGCAGUUUGCCCUGGCUGAGGCAGCCAUGAAUAUGUGGUCCAUGAACGAUAACUUAGAGCAGCCAUCCACCAGCUUACAAGCAGCACAGAGCCACUUCCUGUCUCAGUUCCUGCUCGAUGGUGGAAGUGUUGGUGUUCCCCAGCACCUGUACAGCAUUCAUGCCCAGACUCAUGGCAACAACAGUGCAGUCAACCUGGUCCAGCCACCGCCAGUCAACUCCAAUUUCCCAACGCCUAAUACCCAGCAGGACAGAGCUCAGCCCUUUGAGGACAGAAACAAUAUGACUGCAGAAGCAGCUGUUCGACAUGUAGACAGCAGCUCGCUAUCUGAGGAUGAUGUUUUUUACAACUAGGCUUGGAAAAAAGACAAGCCAUCAAUCUUGAUGGCAAUCUCGAAAACGAGCCUUACUUAGAGGACUUGAGUCUCAGCCACCAGCAAUGACAGAUAUAAAAACAUAAAAGGGAGACAGCUGUGAGAUCUCUCAAGAGGCAGCCACUCGAAUGGCUUUUUCUGGAAAGGUUUAAGAGCCUGGUCCCUAAACACAAAGACCCUAAAUAUUUUCUCUUUGGUUGAGACUUCUACAUCUGUGAAUGUACAUAGCUCAACUGUUACAAUUUAAUUUUGUAUUCAAUGUACAAUAAACACUUUCAUAAUACAUGUAGAAGCGAACUGUGAACAGUCAAAUGGUACUGGUGUAAAUAUCUUGUUAUAAAAUAUCAGUUUGAAUAUAUGUGCAUUAUAGUUGUG